UUCGUUCCAUCCUUAUAUCUGGUUUCAAAUUUCGUCAAAUUCAGUCUCUAUUUCACCAAGAUUCAAAUCGGGUCUCCUCCGAAGGAUUAUCACGUGCAAGUCGAUACAGGGAGUGAUCUUUUAUGGGUGAAUUGUAUCGAAUGUGAGUCGUGCCCAAAGACAAGUGACCUUGGAGUUCCAUUGCAACUAUAUGAUCCAAACGACUCCUCAAGUGCCAAAAAAGUUACCUGUGAUGAUGACUUUUGCAGAACCACAAUGGAUUCUUCUAAUACCGAGUGUAAGGUCGGAAUGUCUUGUUUAUAUACUGUUACGUAUGGUGAUGGGAGCGGAACUGCUGGAUAUUUCAUUAACGACAAUCUGCAACUUCUCAAAGCAUCCGGAGACGGUGAGACUAAAUAUAUGAGUGGGAAUAUAACAUUUGGGUGUGGAGCUAAACAAUCGGGGGAGUUAGGUUCGUCAGAACAAGCUCUUGACGGUAUUCUUGGGCUUGGGCAAACGGGUACUUCGUUGCUUUCACAGUUUGCUUCGGCUAAAAAGGUGAAAAGAAUGUUCUCACAUUGCUUGAGUGGUUCCAAAGGAGGUGGCAUUUUUGCUAUUGGAGAAGUGGUGGAGCCAAAAGUGAAAACAACACCAAUGCUAGAAGACAAUCUGCAUUAUAAUGUUGAAAUGAAGUCAAUUGAUGUGAAUGGUGAAACUUUAGAUAUCCCAAAAAAUAUACUUGAUUUGGGAAAGAAAGAAGGAGCAAUAGUUGACAGUGGUACGACCUUGGCUUAUUUUCCCGCUAAGAUUUACAACCCGCUAAUGCAAAAGAUCAUGGCCGCACAACCCGACCAGAAGCCAGAAACAGUUGAGAAGCUUUUUAAAUGCUACAAGUAUUCCGGCAACAUUGAUGAAGGUUUUCCAAAUGUCACGUUUCACUUUGAUGAUUCACUUUCAUUGACAGUUACUCCCCAUCAAUAUUUCUUCGAAGUGGAGGAUGACCAAUGGUGCAUCGGUUUUCAGAACAGUAAUAUUCAAUCAGGUUCUGGAGGAGAGCUGACUCUAUUGGGAGAUCUUCUUCUAGCAGAUAGGCUGGUUACAUAUGAUAUAGAAAACAAGGCCAUUGGAUGGGUUGACCAUGAUUGCUCAUCAACCAUCAAAGUGAAAGAUGAAGAGUCCGGGAAUGAGUUUGAGGUCCAUGCCGGAGAUAUUUCUUCCGCACGUUGUACAUCUACUUCACGAAUGAUUUUGGGGUUGCUAUUAUUUCUUGCAGGUACGUUGAUCAAUUGGACGAAUUGAAGUGAAAUGCCGUUGUAUUUAA